AUGCGCUUCCGUCACCUCACCUCCGCCUCAAUGCGCGUCCACCGCGGCCUCGACGCGGCGGUGGUCGACGCAUUCCCAACGUUCACCUACGCGGAGGUGAAAGAGCACAAGAUCGGGAAUAACGCGCUCGAGUGCGCCGUCUGCCUCAGCGAAUUCAAGGACCACGAAACGCUGCAUUUGAUCCCCAAGUGCGACCACGUCUUCCACCCCGAGUGCAUCGACACCUGGCUCGAGUCAAACGUCACCUGCCCGGUCUGCCUGGCCGAUCUCGCCCCACAGUCCGGAGACAAACCAGUUCAGCCGCUUGAACCGGGGCCCGCCGUUAUGGAGGAGACUAACUCAAGCACCGGCGAAAUGGUGAUUCCAAUAGAAGGGGAUGAUGCGAACCCCAACCCAGGCUUUGAUUUAUUGCUCCGGCACCUUAGGUCGCGGCCGGUCCAAGUAGCACCCGCGAGAGUGGUUGCUUUGGAUAAGUUUAGGUCGCACUCGACCGGGCACUUGUUGGUGAAACCGGUGGAAAAUCUAGACCGGUUCACAUUGAGGCUGCCAAACACGGUUAGGAAUGAGAUGAUGGACCGGACCGGUUCAAACCGGCCCGGGAGAUACGUGGCUACUAUAUUAUCUAGGACGAGGAGCUUGCGGAGAGGUUUCAGAAGCGAGGAGUGGAGUGGCCAAUGCGGUUUUUUCUCUAGAGGUGAGAGGGUUGUCGACGAAGGUCAACAAAAGCGGGGAAACAGUUGGUCGCUGCUGAGGAUACCUUCUUUCGUGUCGUUGGAGCCGACGACAGACAUUGAAACCUGUUUAAUGUCAGAAAAUUGGAGUAUGUCUCCAGUUUAA